AUGAAACCAUUUGAAAGUUUUACAUUUCCCAACGUCCCCGUGGACGUAAGGAAGAAGUUGUUCCAAAACGAUAAAUCAAUGAUAAUAGUCGGAGUGUUGGGAAAAUCUACAGAGGCUCAUUGUAAUAAAUUAGUGGAUUUUGAUCUGUUAAACGUUCAUCCAUCGCUCGCAGAAGAACCUGGAAUUGAUGGACAAGUAAAAUUCUACUUUCGUACAGAAGGAAAAACGCUGUUUCUUCAUUUCGAUGCCACAUUUGAUAGCUUUGUUUUGUUAGAGCUCGCCGAACGGAUGAUGGCGGAAAAAACCGUUGAAUCCCCGUUGCACUUCAUAGAAUUCAAUAGUGCGAUCCGCACCCGUUUUGCUAGGGUGCUUUUGUUUGCCCUGCAAGUGUGCCAUAUUUUGGUACUCGUAGAAUCCUCAAUGUCGUUCGACAUGUCAUAUCUUUCCAUAUUCAAAUCGUUGAAAAUUAUUCGUGAGAAAUAUGUCCUGAAGUUUCUUCCAAGAAUGCUGAAAGCAGCAAAUAUUGGUUCAUUCAUGGGUAAAGAGUGUCGUCUUUGCAGCCCACGGUUGCUCUUCAUGUUCAAUCUUCCCAACAGUGACAGCAAACAGCAUUCCGCAGAAGAUAUUGAAGAACUUGAAACGAAAGUGGAAGAUUUUAUCAACAAAACACUACGAAAUGAAUUCAUAAUCACGAACAAUAAUGCAAUGUCCCUGUUUUCGGUACCAAGAAGCAGGCAGUUUGUUUUCUACAACGAGUCCAAAGCAUCCCGCCAGGAUCCAUUGAUGGAUUCCAUCGAUAUGCUUUCAAUGUUCCUCGUAAAACAACAGCAGAACAACAUGGGAAUGUUACCUGAAAAUGAUGAGCAGGUCAUCCUGGAGCAGUCGAAACCGUAUGAUUGUUUUGGUUUCCCCUUGAAAUACAAAUUUCCUUUGAAGGACCCAACGCAAGAAGCAGAAAGAAGCAUUUUGGGAUUGAUACAGGAUCACGUCGACGAUGGUUUGGAAUGUGGAUUUGACGAAAGUGACAACCAAUCAAGACAAAGAAUCAGGACACAUUUUGCUCUCCCUACCACAGGCGCUUGGUUUCAGAUGUUUAAAUUUAUGCAUGAACUGUUUAUCGAAAACCCAAACGAUCCGUACUACGAUGCCUACGACACAGACUAUGCCGCUUAUUUGCAGAAUUUCCACAAUAUUGUCGACAUCGAUGAACAUUUCUUCGGUGAAAUAUGCGAGCAUGGGCUGGAGUUGGCCAUGAUCAAGUACAAGGAUGUGCUACCACCACACUAUAGUGCCUCAUUUCACGAAACAAAAUACCAGGACGCGCUAAACUUACUUCUGCAGUAUGCUCGUGGACCCGAACUGAAGCCGAGCAUUGAGAGACUGAAAGAGUACUGCGAUGCGAUUUGGCAAAAUGGUAAACAGCAGUGUGAAUUUCUUAGUUUGCGCGGUAACCCAUGCGUGCUAGGAAAGCAUAGAACAAUUGAUCCUGUCGAUCAUUCGAGUGGGGUUAUUUACAUAGCGUCGUGUAAUUGCGGUCGUACGCAGGGUCACCGUCAAGAUCCCUACACAAUACGACAGGCGAAUUACGAGUUCUUUCAAAUUAUAGCUAAAAGCUGUAGCAACUGCAACCGUCUUGAACGUGUACAGUUUCCCAUAUUCGAACCUUCUAUUAGCGACUUUCGUGCCGCGGAAUUUAUCAACAAAAAUUUUUCCAACCUCAUGUCUUUCGAUAGUACUGGUCGAACCGCUUCGGACAUGGGGCUGGCGAAUAUUCGGCCCAUUCGUGGCCACACGCCUUUCCUCUCGGGAAGUCAGCGAAGUCAGAAUAGUUCGGCCAGUUUAAGCUUCAACAUAGUAUCUGUAGGAGAUGAAGAUGAGCUUGUAAAUAAUGACGCUCAAAUGGAUGACCGACAAACACGUAGAGAAAGGAGGCCAUCUGAGGGGAAACAAGAUGAUGAUCGUUAUGAGUAUGCCGAAACAAGGAAUAGCAACCUAGAUGUAGGACUUGCCAGCAAUACCGACGAAAUUGAAGAAAUAGUCAUAAAGGUAGGAGCACCCAGUAUCGCUGGUGCAUCUUCGUCUACUGAAAUUGAACACCCACACGGACCAACCCGGCUACCUUCUACUACCGAGUAUCUUCCGGGUAUGCUUCAUACUACCAGUCCGGCGGGACUGCUUCCAAGAUUUCCUUCCUGGUCACUGGUGUGCUUAGGAUCGAGCUCCAUCUACACACACAAUACAGGCCUGCCAGAACAUGUACAAAGUGGGUUUUUGUCUGGGUCGAAUUUUCUGUUACCGUGGGAUGUAAGCGUGCGGCUGGAACACGCGCAAUCUUGGGCGGCGUCGUAUGAAAAAAUUCGCAACCGCAAGAAAGUCAAUCCUCAUUCGGCAAAAAGUUUUGAGCUUAACAAAACCUUUAGCUUGAAAAUAUUCAUCGGUGUUGAAUAUGAAUGUCUCGUAGGCCAUCGAUUUAUCAUGAGCGCGCCAGAUAGCAUUCUUCGCAGUGGGUCUGAAAUUACGCGCGAUAGUGGAAGCAAAGUGGUAACGAACGAUAUGCCCAUCUAUUUCCCAUGUCCGUGUCGAAACGCGAUGAACAAUACAGCGCAACUGAUGCGUGUUCAUAUUAUCACUCCAAAGGCACCGGUGAAUGUAAUUAUCGAUCCAAAGGUGAAAAUUUUUCAAAAUAACAUGCAAAACAGCAUUACAUUCACGACGGGGAUGGCAGAGCCGAUAAAGUUGACCCAAAGUUCCUACUGGAUUCUUCGUCUACCUUUCGUGUAUGAAGGGGAUAGCGGAACGAUACUGGCACCGACGGAUGUUAAUCCUGCUAGUGCGAUCAUGCAUGGCGCUCUCCUGUCCGGAAUGUACGGUAUCAAAGAAAAUGAGCUAAAUGAAGAAACGUUAUCAUUGGGUAUCUCUAGUUAAGCUCUUGCAAGGUUUCAUUUUAAAGGUCGAACGUUUCGUUCUUAAACGUUCCCGAUCUCAAACUGAUAUUAUUUGUGAAGCUUUUACUUAGUUUGGGAUGUAAAAAUACGAGUGGAGUUAGUGUAUUAAGUUUGAUUAUGUUAAAGCAUAUCAACAGCUAACUUAAUUUACAACAUGGUUUUAGUUUUCAACACGCAAU